AUAGAUCUGACCUGUGUCGGAGCGCGAGUCAAUUCUGAGGAGUCGUGAUUUUUUAGCCAAAUUUCUGUAAGAUAUUUUACUGUGUACAAAUGACCUUCAAAACCCACAACUUUCAAGUUCAGUAGAUAUUUUAAAAGAGCAAUUCUUCGAAGUUGAUUCACGGGGAGCGGUAGAAUUUAAAAUCCAAAAUCCCAGCUACCGCCUCUCGCAAAAAGAUCCCUCCUUUUGCGCUUCUCUUCUUCCCGCCCUCCGAUCACAUGUAAUUGGCUGCGAAUCUCUUCACUGGCUCAGAGGUUUCGACACACUCUAGGGUUUUGCCAGAUCAAAGGUCUCGGCCAUGAGCGCAGUGAACAUAACCAACGUUGCCGUUCUCGACAAUCCGGCGGCAUUCCUCAACCCUUUCCAGUUCGAGAUCUCCUAUGAGUGUCUGGUGCCCCUUACGGACGAUCUUGAAUGGAAACUCAUAUAUGUCGGCUCUGCCGAGGAUGAGAAAUACGACCAGCUUCUCGAGAGUGUGCUUGUCGGUCCAGUCAAUGUGGGGAAUUACCGGUUCGUCUUUCAGGCAGAUCCGCCAGACCCUUCGAUGAUCCGUGAAGAGGACAUUCUUGGUGUGACAGUGCUGCUUCUGACCUGCUCCUUCGUUGGCCAGGAAUUCAUAAGAGUGGGAUACUAUGUAAACAACGAUUAUGAUGACGAGCAACUGAGGGAAGAACCUCCCACCAAAGUUUUGAUUGAUCGAGUUCAGCGGAACAUAUUGGCUGACAAACCCCGUGUCACUAAAUUCCCGAUCAAUUUUCAUCCUGACAGCAACGAAAACGGAGUCCAGCCUGCUGUAAAUCCUUCGCCUGAAGCUAUCAAUGGCGAUGAACUGGUGAAUGAACCUGAGCUGGAAAUGAGGAUGAAGUUAGAGGCUGGAGUUCAGCCUGGUUUACAUCCUUCACCUGAUGCUGACAACGGUGAUGGGCAUGAGAGUCGCCCUGUACCAGAUUCGAAGAAGAUAGAAGUGUAAGGCCAUAGGUUGAAUGUCAGUUUCUGUGGAAAUGUGAGCCUCUUCAAUGGGUGAAUUAAUUUUCUGGUGGUCUUAUCAAGCUUAACUUCUGUGAUCAUAUAAUAGGCAGGUUUUCUGUAAGUUGAGCUUAUGAAGGGAAGCUUAAUGGGGCCAUUUAGGCUUAUUUUCUUACAAUUUGAUUACUCAGUUUUUUUGGGGAGAGUUAUUGAAGGAAAAUGUGAAAAUGUUCCAAUCGACACUUGGGAUUUAAGUUUUGUUUUAACUUUUAGUGAUAUUAAUGUAGUUGGUUGAAUUUAUCUUGAUUGAUAAAAAAUAGUUUUUUUUGGUUGCUGGGCAUCUAUUUUCUUUGUUUAUGAUUGUAAAGGCUACCUUUAACAGGCAGCCAUUGAAUGAUAUGAUGGGAUAUUUAAACUGAG